GCGCUCUUCCCUUGCACCCAGCUGCCAACGGUCACCUCAGCCUUGGGCGCUUUGCCUGCGGCCAUGUCCAGCGACAUCAAGAACUUCUAGACUGAUUCCUAGACACUCCACACACUCCACUCCAGGCCACCCGCUCCCAUGGGCAGUUACCUGACCACUCCCAACUCCGCGCCGCCACCUCUCGCCCAGGGGCGCCGGACGCCGAGGUCCCGGCCCGCCCCGGCCCAGGACGGCUUGCGGCGCCUCCACAGUGGGCGCUGCCUCCGUACCGGACCCUUCCCCGAGGUGCCGCCAGACUGGGACCCCGCCAAACCCCAGAGGAUCGUCCCUGAGGCCUGGAGGCGUCUUCCUCCCAAGCUGCCCCCCAAGACCAUCAUGGGGCCGGAUCUUUCCGGUGCAUGGGAGAGCUACAUGAAACGGUGGCUUUGGAGUGCCCGGCACCCAAGACGGAUCUGGAGCCCCGUGACCAUCAAGAUCACGCCUCCUGAACGGAGUGGGAGCCCCGGGGCGUCCUCUGGUCCGGGAGUCCGCUCUGCAGGCCGUCCACCCUCCGAGGAGCGCCCAAACCCCUGUGCCAAGGAGACCGUGCUGAGGGCACUUACCCAAUGCAAGAAGGGGAACAGGAAGUUUGAUGGGCCGCUCUGGUUUGAGAUUCCAGAGAGCACAACGAGCAGGGGGCGGAACAAAGAGCCCAAGCCAUCGGCCUUCAAGCCCCUGAUCAAAAAUGGAGUGGUCCCUUCCUUUGUGCCCAGGCCAGGGCCUCUGAACAGAAGCCUCCUCUCCUGCAACUACAACGUCUGCAAGGAGAACGCUGAUCCCAGGCUUGAUGUUCUGUCUGUCGCCCCCCCUACUGCCGGGACAGGUCAGUGCAUGCCACAAAUCCUCAGCUAGAGAUCUGGGAGAAGAUGCAGCUCUCCUGGGGUCUCAGGCCGACCUCCAGUGCACAAGAGCGGUGCCAGUAGGGUCUCAUUCGCUCCUGAGGAUGCCCAUCCUGCUGACCCCUUUGACUCUUAAGAGUCAGGGCCCUGCUCCCCACCUCCUGAGACUCAAACCUACAUAUCUGCUCUCAUCUUACUGACCCAAGCAUGGGACCCCGACAUAGUAUCGCUACAGCCCGCAGACCUGCCAACCCCCAAGACUGCCUGUCCUUCUAGAGCCCUCACGGAAGAUCGUUGAUGUCAAAACCCUUGCCUCCCCUGCCUGCCCACUCCUUCCUGCCUUUCCCCUUGCUUUUCCGGAAGGCAUGCUUCUUCCCCACCUCCCUGUUAGCCCAGUUUGCAUAGUUCAAUAUUUGAUCUCAUUAAAAACAAUAUUGAUAUUCAAAAA